CUGUAUAGAGCAUAUCAGCCCAUCUAUUCUACCUACUGCAAGUAAGUAUUGUUGCUCUCCUGUACUGUGACGCAAGAUUUAAAGCAUUCAAUUACCAGCAACCACAUAAAUCUCGGUAAGGCAUCGAAAGUACCCUCUGAGCGCAACCGACAAACUGAGUGCUCAGCUUCUCUCACUGCCUACCUACCUACAUAUAUCACUUAUCGUCUCUUUGUGCACCUGGUUCCCAAUCAUGGCCAAGGAGCGCAAUUUCAACCCCGUUCAGGCUCAGCGCAAAGCCGACAAAGCCAAGGCCAUCAAGAAAGGGAAGGCUGAGGUCGCCGCACGCCGGAACGAAAAACUCGCACAACGAAAUCCCGAGAGACUCCAAAAGCAGAUUGACGAUCUAAAGCAAAUAACAUCUAGUGGAGGGAAACUCACUGCACACGAGCAAUCCGUACUUGAGGGGCUAGAGCGAGACCAUAAAGCUGUGCUCAAGGCGAGGGAAGCAUUAGGCGAUAAAGCCCCUUCCUUUGGCCGUGGCGGACCAAGACCUGAUGGACAAGACUCUAGAGUACUCGGCAAGCGGAGAAGAGGCCGCGAAGACGCUUCAAGUGACGACGAUGAUGUGCCUGACGAUGUAAAGUCCAUACCGAUGCCGCGGGACACACCGCCCCCUAUACCGAAGGAGAUCUUGGAUGAGUGGUAUGCAAAGCGUAGGGCAGCGAAGAACGCAAACGACACGCCGUUGGGUGACCGAGCUGGACGACCCUCGCACCAGCAAGAAUCAGCGCCGCCUGUUGCAGUUGAAGCAAAGACUGUAUACGAGGCCAAGCCUGCGAUUCGCAAUCUCCAACAGGAGGCCGUCAGCGCAUUCGUGCCCAGCGCUGUUCGCAUGAAGCUAGACAAGAGCAAGGGUAAAGGCGGCCUGAUGGAGCCAGAAGAAGCAGACCGUCUAGAAAGAGAAGGCUAUUUGAAAGACGACCGAGAGAGAGAUGCUGCGACACCACCUACAGCCCGGCCUCACCAGGUCACCAUGGAAGAAGUAGCAGAUGAAGACGACUAAUCCUCAACGAUACGGUGGCCUCGCAUUCUCAUAUCGCCUGUAACACUUUGUACAUUCAUAAUUCCCAAUGGUGACUAGCAAUGGACGUCUUUCACUGAGACAAGAAGUUAUCUCUCGGGCAAGUCCUCGUCUCUGUUGGCAUGCACAGCGUUCACUGAUUUCGAUGGACAUCUCUCAAUAUUUCUCGGAAGCAACAACUUACAAAUAGGCGGCGAGUACAUAUGUAUACACACU